UGUAAAUACAGUGCCUCGCGGCCUGAUCGGUCUUUUACCUCUCCCGUGCUCAAAGGGUGGCAGGCCUGCACUCUUUCUCUUGACGAUUUAACAUCGAAACAGCAAAAUGAUCAUCUACAGGUGCAUCAUCAGCAAUGAUGAGAUGUUCUCAGACGCCUUCAAAGUCAAAGAAUCCGAAUGCGGGCUCUUCUACGAAGUUGAAGGAAAGGUGGUCACCAGGACAGAUAGCAUUGAUGAUCGUCUAAUUGGGGGUAACGCCUCUGCUGAAGAAGUGACGGAGACCAGUGAGGAUUCCAGUGUUAGCGGUGUGGACAUCGUCCUCAACCACAAACUGCAGGAGACAGGCUUCGACAAGAAGCAGUAUGUGGCAUACAUUAAGGACUACAUGAAGACGAUUAAGGUCAAGUUGGAAGAGUCCAGUCCAGAGAGAGUGGACGCCUUCAUGGCUGGCGCCCAAGUUGCAGUUAAGAAGAUCGUUGCAAAUAUCAAGAACUACCAGUUUUUCACAGGAGAGUCCAUGUCCCCAGAGGGCAUGGUGGGACUGCUGGAUUAUCGCGAGGACGGCAUCACGCCAUACAUGCUUUUCUUCAAAGAUGGUCUGCAGGUUGAGAAAUGUUAACUACCUGGAUCUACAUCUUCUUUUCAACUGGCUGCUGCCUCCCAAAUGACCACGAGAGCAGACAGAGGAGCACUAUUUUGCAUCAUGCCUGAACAGAAACAUUCUUAUACAAUUUCUUAUAUAAUCGCAUCAUAUGGCCCCACAGUACCACUCCAAAGACUGGGUAAAUCAAACAUGACUGGUCACUGAAUACAGUUUUUAAUGGGUUUUUUUGUGGCUUUUGCAGUGUUUAAUUUUCAUCCCAGGACUAGCCCAAUUUUUUUGUUAAUGAAAAUAAAAGGCAGGACAGUGAGCAAAGCUCUGUAAUUGACAGAAGAUGAUUUUUUUCUUCUAUCUGCAUACUGUUUUAGCAAUGAUCCAUACAGGUUGACCUCCUCCAACCUCUGUGUUUAUGGUUGCAUUAAAUAAGGUUCCAUCUACAAUGAGAAAACUUACUUUGAAAAUAAAAUCUAGUACCACCACA